GUUCGACGUUCUAUCGACCGUGAAGCGCUUCUUGAACGUGUGCUUAAUUGUAGAAGGAAUUUAAGCAAAAUGAGUUGUCGAUUUAUUGUAACGUUGCUAAUUGUUCUGUUGAUGCUGCAGGCCAGCGAACAGAGAAACGUACUCGUUAUUCUGGCCGAUGAUGGAGGAUUCGAGACGGGUGUCUACAACAACACAGUCUGCAAGACGCCAAAUCUCGUCAAGCUUGCUCGACAGGGCGUCGUGUUCGAAAAGGCCUUCACCGCUGUGAGCAGUUGCUCGCCCAGCCGGUCGUGCCUGCUCACCGGUCUUCCGACACACCAAAAUGGCAUGUAUGGUCUCCACCAAGGCGUGCAUGCCUUCCAGUCAUUCCAGGAGGUCAAGUCUCUGCCCUUGCUUUUGUCUCAACGCGGCAUUCGAACUGGCAUUAUUGGCAAAAAACAUGUAGGUCCUGAAGAGGUGUACCCUUUCGACUUUGCAUACACCGAAGAAAACAACUCUAUUCUACAAGUCGGACGAAACAUCACGAAGAUUAAACAUCUUGUACGAAAGUUCCUUUCCACCAAUGACUCUAGGCCAUUUUUCCUCUACGUUGCUUUCCACGACCCACACCGGUGUGGGCACACCCACCCGCAGUACGGUGUGUUCUGCGAAAAGUUUGGCGAUGGCUCCCCGGGCAUGGGUCGGAUACCCGACUGGACGCCACAGCAUUACGACCCCGGUCAAGUUGUCGUGCCCUCGUUUGUUCCAGACACGCGCGCAGCGCGAGAGGACAUUGCAGCUCAAUACACAACUGUUGGCCGAUUGGACCAAGGAGUAGGCCUUGUGUUGGCAGAGUUGGAGGCUGCUGGCUUCAGUCAUAACACUCUAGUUAUCUACUCUUCUGACAAUGGAAUUCCGUUUCCCAACGGACGGACCAACUUCUACGAGCCCGGCAUCCAGGAACCCAUGAUAGUUCGCAACCCGGAAAAACCAGGGUCUGCUGGCAUGCAUUCAGAUGCACUGGUCAGCCUCCUCGACAUUGUGCCCACCGUGCUCGAGUGGUUCUCCAUCCCCGUUCCACAGUACACCAUCUUCAAGAAGCCGGUCACGUUCACGGGCUCUUCGCUGCUGCCACUGCUCGCUCCACAAAAACCGGCAAUGGCACGAGAUUUCGUCUAUGCGAGCCACAACCUCCACGAGAUCACCAUGUACUACCCCUCAAGGAUGAUCCGCACCCCGAACAUGAAGCUCAUCCACAACCUCAACCACAAGAUGCCGUUCCCGAUAGACCAGGACUUCUACGUCUCACCGACAUUUCAGGACUUGCUGAACCGGACGGAGCGUGGAGAACCACUCCACUGGAGCAAGACGCUCGACGGUUACUACUACAGGGAUGAGUGGGAACUGUACGAUUUGGAUAAGGACCCGAAUGAGCUGUCCAAUGUCGCGGGCAAUGAGACCUAUGCCACUGUUCUGUCUCAACUCAAGCAGCUGCUCUUCAAGUGGCAGCAAACGACGAACGACCCCUGGAUCUGCGCGCCGCAUUCGGUUCUAGAAGACUCGGGCUCGUACAAACAGGACCCCAGGUGUCUUCCUCUCCUAAAUGAACGGGGACCGACGACUGGCCAGAACGUGUGAUUAGAGCAUGGUGGGAAUGGAAAGACUG